UGUAACCUGCUGUUUUAUUGAAUAUUAUGUCAGUCAUUGUUGUUUUUAUGCGUUUUGUAAAUUUCCUUUUUGAAAGAAAUAUUGUUUUUGGUUAGUACUCAUUUAUAAACGCCGGGAGUGUUGCAGUUGGACAACAUAUUACCAUUAGUUAGCAUAUAGCUUUUUGUCAGUGCUUUGAUUGAGGGUUGUUGCAAUCAGUAGCAUCAUUAGCACAUAAAUACUGUCAUCAUAUUGGAACUGUCUGUUGAAAUGGAUAUUUUGAGAGACGAUGAAGGGCAUGAGCUGAAAUACAAACCUGGGGGCCGUUUGGAUAUGAGCCACGGCUUCCUGCACCAUAUCCGGAGGAACCAGAUUGCUAGAGAUGACUAUGAUAAAGAGGUGAAGCAAGCCAAAGAACUCCAGCGGCGGAGGCACACCACAACUCCUAGACGACCCCGUCGACCUGACAUCCAAGUGUACCAUCCACGGCGAAGAUAUGGAUCAGAGCCAGGGGCCGGUGCUGAGGCUGAAGAGUGGAACGAGAGUGGGUCAAGCACUGAGACAGAGACCCAUGGGACUGAACUCUUCUGGCUUGACUAUCAGGCGGACUCUGGUGCCAUUACGUCCUUCCUCGUGCACAAGAAUGAUAAGCCUGAGAAGGUAGUGGAGCGUGUUGCAGAAAAGAACAUCUUGGAUUCAUCCAUGAGGGCAGCUCUGGAGGCUCGGAUUCAAAAGGAAAUGGACAAAAGACGGGACAAACGCUGAAUGAUAUCAAAAGCUACCAAGUGAUGGCAAAGGGGCUGCAAGCAAAGGCCUGUGGAAUAAUAUUUCAUUUGCAGUUCGGUGCUCCUCCAAAGCAUUAAUGCUUUUGACGGUGUCAGAGGCAUAAUGAGGAACUGGAUCCUGUACAGUGACUGUCAGCAGAGAUCCAAUGUGUUGUACCAGAAUCAAGCUGUUGUUAAAGGAGAAGGAACAGCACUUACCAUAGACAGUAUGGUUGAGAGGUUGAGAGUUGACUGUCAUGUUCAUGUUUACUACAUUUUACUCACCUUGUACUGUUACCUCAUAAUCCUGAUUCAUAACACAUUGUAACUCCUUCAAGUUGACUGGACCUAUAAAGUUAUGUUGUUUCUAACAGUUAAAACCAGAAAGGAGCAGGUACUCUUUUGACAGAGCGCUGUUAACCUUCCCAUUUCAUUGAGCAUGUUCUGUUUUUCUUGUGUUUACAAAAAUCUAGUUUUUCUAAAGAUUUAUAAGAUUUUUUUUUUUUUUUGGUAAAUUGUUUUGAACAGAACAUCUGUCAGUCUGUCAGUGAUCUUAUGUUUAGAAAUGUGAGUUUUGUUUUUUAUUUAGUUGAAGAGUUUAAUGGAUGUAGCCAUGAUAAUGUGUUUGUGUGGCAACUGUGUUUUGUCGUAUUUUAAUUUAUUUUGGCUUAUUGAAAGACUUUUAUUUUUGAUACUGUAAUAUUUUUUGAGGACACAUCUCUUUACAUAUACAAUGCCAUAUACAUAUAAAACAUUUAUUACUGUUCAAAUGUGUCUGAAUGUGCACUUGUGGAAUUGAACAGCCAUAAAAUGUGAAUGUGG